ACAUGCUAGAAGUUUUCGGAACUGUAGAAACAGAAAGGUUGUAAUCAGUGAAUGCUAGUCACACGCAACGUUGGUACAGUUUAUGCAGUUAACGUACUUGUGAUCGCAUGCAACGUGCGUUACCAAAUUAAAAUAAGAUAAAGUCAAAAAUGUCACAGGAAGAAAUAUUAUUGUAUUGUUAUAAUCGUGGCUGUGGAAAAAAAUUUAAUCCCAACAAUAAUAAGGAAGGAGAUUGUAUUUAUCAUCCUGGAGAUCCAGUAUUUCAUGAUGCCUAUAAAGGUUGGUCUUGUUGUAAUAAAAAAUGUACAGAUUUUACAGAGUUUUUAAAUAUCAAGGGCUGUGCAACAUCAUGUCAUUCAAAUGUUAAACCAGCACAGCCAGAGAAACCUAUUAUUGAUAAAUCAAAAUCAAAUGAAGUAAUUGAAGUAAUCGCUCAACCUCUUAUAAAUGGACCUGUUUUGGAAAGGCCUCCUUUUAACACUCCACUAAUUACUUUGACACCCAAUGUAUCACCUACUUUAUUAGAACAAAUUAAAGGAUUAACUUCUAAUGUAUCACAAAGUACAUGUGAAACUAAAGUUCAAAUUGGGCAAAGUUGUAAAAAUAAUUCUUGUAAAGCUGUAUAUAGUGGUAAUGCACAUGAUAAUGAAACUUGCAAUUUUCAUUCUGGUACUCCUAUUUUCCAUGAAGGAAUGAAAUACUGGUCAUGCUGUCAAAAGAAAACUGCAGACUUUUCCACAUUUUUAGAACAACCAGGAUGUACACAAGGAAAGCAUACAUGGGUAUCUAAAAAUACUGGCAAAAAAGCAAAAUGUAGAAUGGAUUGGCAUCAAACAGGAACAUUUGUUGUAGUUUCAAUUUAUGCUAAAAAAUAUCAGCCAGACCAAUCAAUUAUUAAAAUAAAUCCCAUACGAUUAAUUGUUGACUUGUUCUUUGUAGAACAGAACUCUAAAUACAAUCUUGAUUUAGAACUAAGAGGGAUUGUUGAUGUUACACAAAGCAAUGUUAAUAUGCUUCCUACUAAAGUAGAGAUUAAAUUAAAGAAAGCAGAACCUGGAUCAUGGUCAGAAUUAAAUUUUCCUAAACCAAAUAAAGCAGAAACUAAUGAAAAUAAUCAAAAUGAUGAAAAUAUUAGUGCAAAAGUUGAAGCUGUGGACCUUAGUGAUCUCUGAAUAUUCA